GAGUAAGUAAUAGAAUGCUAAAUGAGUAUCCUCGAGUAUUUUACACUCCAUGUGGUUGUCAUUCUCUUAAUCUGACUCUUUGUGAUAUGGCGAUGAGCUCGGUUCAGGUAAAGUCAUUUUUUGGAGUGAUACAACGAAUUUAUAAGUUGUUCUCUACUUCAACGAAGAGGUGGGAUGUCUUGAAAUCCUUUGUAAAAGAUCGUAAAGUAAGAAAGCUUACUUUAAGUUCAUGGUCGGAUACGUGCUGGGAGAGUCGUGUUGAUAGGGUUAAGGCUGUAAGAUUCCAGACACCUAAAAUUACAGACGCAUUACUGCAUCUAGUGGAACACAAUGGUGAUGCAACAAUGGCUAGUGAUGCUAGAUCAUUGGCGGACUAUGAACUUCAAAGUUUUGAUUUUCUUGUGGGGAUCGUAAUCUGGUUUGAUAUAUUGCAUAAAGUGAAUUCACGGUUCAUUGACGGACUUUACCCAGCAGUUCGUCAUAACAUCGUGGGACACGGUACUCAGACAUACGCUCGUGCAGUUUCUAUCGCCCAGGAGGUGGACGCUAGCAUCAGGAGAGAGGCAGUCCGUGAUCGUGCCCAGCCAUCCGCCCCAGCUCAGCCAGUUGCAGUUCCACCAGCUCUACCAGCCCCUCAGCCAGCAAAGGAGAAGAAGAGAAAGGGAAAGGGUGCACAGAUUGACCGGAGGACCCGACAGAGACAGCAGCCGAUUCCACCGUGCCCGACUUGUGGUCGACUUCACAGGGGAGAGUGUCGUGCUGGACAGGACAUCUGUUACUAUUGCCAGGAGCCGGGACAUUUUGCGAGUCGUUGCCCGAAGAAACUCCAGCAGCAGCCUCA